AUGGAGGAAUAUCUUAACAAACACUAUAGAGAGUAUUUUAGAGGAAAAGAAUCACGGUUAAAAAGCAUCAAUAAUUGCUAUUAUCAAGCUGAAGACCAAAGAACAAUUAGUCAUGAAGAACUCUUUAAAAUAUAUUGGGACAGGUUUCCUAAAUAUGAAGCACCUUUCCAGGCAUUACUAAGUGCAACUAGUAAGGCACCUCCUGGGAUAAAAAAGUUUAGGGGUGACUAUAAGAAACGAUCAAUUAAAGCUUUAUAUUUGGCACAAUCUUCAGCCUUUACUGGGAACUACAGCAGAGAAUUUAAACUCAAAACUAUGAAAAGGAGUUCCAUAGAAAGUAUAGAGUCUAGAAUGCGUAAUUUUCAAUAUUUCCAUACAAAACAAGUAUGUACCUGCAGAAAAUUUAACGGAAAUUCUGUAAAAUACUCUCAUACAUUGCAAGUAUCAAAUGAGUCACAAAAUACAAAUAUAUCAAAUUGUAUUAAUUCUUGGGGGAAAUCUGCUGAAAAUUCUCUUGAAUCUGAUAAUACCACAUCUCUCUUCACAAAAAUUGUUAGUAAGCCUCUCUCUUAUAAUCAUAUAAACUGCGAGGGCCCUAAAUGGGGAAAAAGCGAAAACUCCAAAAAUCUGACCAAUAAUCCGAAUUUAACAACUAUAAUGGAAUCUCAUUGUGAAACUGAGGAGUUGAAAGAUAAAUUAUAUUUUGAUAAAAUUACUGCAAAUAAAUUGUGUGGAACUUUGAAUGAUAACUCUGAGUCUGCUUGUUCUUUCGAUCAUUCUACAAAUAUAUCGGAUCUACAGUCACAUCUGUCGCCAUCUAUCCAGGAUACAUCUAUACUUUACAAAUCUAUUGAUUACUCUACAGCAACUAUUUUUCCUUUAGAAAGCUCAAAUCAUUCUAUUUUAUACUCUGAUUUGAAUUGUAAUUCUGACCAACUUGCUAAUAACCUAAAAAAAAAAGUUGAGCAACAAAUUCAUAUGCAACUACCUUUACAUGGCAGAAUUAAUAUCUCAAAUGAGAACUUCUCCAAUUAUUUAAAUUCUGUGAAAAGAAUUCCAUUUGUAUUUCCUCCUCCAAUAAAAAAUAAAAUAUUAAGUAAACAAGUCUUACCUAGUUUGAACUGCGAAAUCAGUACUUUAGUUUUUGACAAGCUUCGGGAAGAAACUCAAGAUAAAAAAACUAUGAUAGAGCAAUUAAAGCCUGAAAUAGCAAUAAAGAAGUGUGAAAUAAGAAAUGAUCAGUAUGACCAAAUAUUAGAUAAUCCAAUUCCAUUUAAAUCUGAUCUACUCUCAGCUAGAUGGAAUCGUAGAAUUCGGACAACAAUCCCAUAUUCACAAAAUAAGGGUAUGGAUAAACAAGUAUGGUCUUCUAUGAACAAUCCCUUUGAAAAUUUCUUAAAUACAGAAAAUGAAUAUACCCGAGUAAACUUAGAUAUUGAAGGGGUAUCAAGAAAUCCUAUAAUUGUAAAUAAUCCUGAAAUAUGUGAGGUCCCACCUUCACUGUUGCAUUUCAAACAAGAAAGUUCAGAUAUUCUAGACAAUAGUGUCAAACUACGAAUAAAUGAAAAAAGUAAAUAUAUAGAACCUUUACCUAUACAACCAAAUACUGAUCAAUAUGAUAAUAAGCACAAACUUAAAUCUCACAUAAUAACUCCUCUAGAUCCUCUUAAUCUGCAAGGUUUAAUAAAGGAAGAUAACCAUGAAGAGGUAAAAAAUAUAGAUACUGUGAAGAUAAUGACAGAUCUUGAUAUUCCUGACAAACGAGAUAAUAAUGAAACUGGGUAUAAUUAUUUUGAAACUCCUGAAGAUACGCAGAUAGCAGCAGAAAAUAUAUGUUACAAAAAAAUAUUACCUGUAAAAAAUAAUAUUUCACAAGAAUCAAGCAAUAUUAGGAUAACAGUAGAUUACUCUAGUGAAGAGUCAACUUUAGGGGCACAAGAAAAUUCCCCUAAAAUACUAGGUGCUGAACCAAAUUUAAUUAUGGAUCCUGGGAAUAAUUAUAAUAAAGAUAUAAUAUCAAGAAAUUGCAUGACUAAUCUAAGAGGUUUUGGAAAAUUUAAUUCAGCAUUAUUAGUAUCUAAAUACAUAGACAGUUUGGACAAAUUAGAAUGUAUCCAUUGUAUUAUUUGUGAAAAUAAGAUAGGUGGAUUUGAUAUGGAAAGUAAUAGUAAGUACCAUGGAGAUACGUCUGUUUGGAGACUAAGUAGAUACUUUAUUAAAAAAAUUGAUGAACGAUGGAGAAAUAGGAAAAGGAUUUACAUUUCCCAAUUUUUAAUAUCUCUGAUCUUCUUACUUUUCUCAUUAAUAUUGCUACCUUUAAUCACUUAUUCUAAUUUCUAUCUUUCGAAUAGCUUAAUAUUUGUUGUAUACAUUAUUACUAUUCCUUUAUGUGUAUUCGGUGGUCUCUUUGGAACUUUUCUUGGUUUUUACUUCUUAGAUAACUUGAAGGACUUCAAGGAGUUGGCUUAUUCUGUAAAAAUUGACUUAAUUAAUGAAGUCAAGAGGAUUAAAAAUGAAUUGUGUGAAAAUGAUAUUUCAGAAAAAAACUUGGAUUGUGAACUCUCAUCUAUACCUAUUGAAGAUGUAUACUAUCCCUCACUGCCCAACGAGAUGUUAGACCAUCUAUUUGAAUCACUGUUUAACUAUUUUAAUGAUGAACAGUCUUUAUUUGGUGGGAAUACGACAAAAAUAAGUGAUAUGACCAGCAAGAUUCUACAAAUUGAGAAAGAUAACAUUAACAUAUUUCUAUAUACUGGCACAUCGAUAUACUUUUUUAAUAUAAUUAUAAACAUAACUCUAUGGAUUCUAGAUACAAAUCAUAACUAUUCCUUACUACUUUUUGGUUCUAUUUGUUUUAUUCUAGUUUCAGUAAUUUCUUGGUUGAUAAUCUUAUAUAAGUUCCUUUGGAAAGGAUCUAAAUUUCAUAUUGGUUUACCACUUUUCUCAGCAGUAUUCAGACCUUUGUUGCUAUCUCCAAAAUCCUGUGCUGAAGCUCUGAAAUUGAGGGUUCAAUUAAUCUUAUCUGUGGUUCUCAUUUUUACUUGUGGUUCAAUUGACCACAUUAAACGGAAGAAGGAGACAAAAUUCAAUAUACUAAAUAUUCCCCUUCAACAUAUUAAGGGGAUACUUGCUAUGAAUUGUCAGCCACUACAAAAGAUUAAUCGUUAUAUUUUAACAAGACUGAGAUUAAGAUUGAACAAGUUCGAUAGCAAGUUCCUGAACAGUAAUAACAUAGUAUUAUCUUCAAUUUUUACUUCCUCUUUAUGGCCAUUUACGUAUAUUUCAUUUUCCUCAUCUGAUAUAUUAAUUACUUCUUUUAACUUUUCAAAUUGUAAAACAACCCAAAAGGAUUUGUCUAAAGAAAAUUACAUUUUAUCAGUACCUUUGAAUGCAAUGUCAGUUCAAUGUGUAAUGGCUUCAUCUUCGGCUUCGGAGUUAUUGGACUACUUUAACCCAAAUGAGUCUAGUAUAGAUUUCGAAAGUAACUUACUUUACUUUUUAAAUAAUCCACUAUUUACUACAUCCCCAAAAGUAUAUGAAGAUAACUUUGCAAGUAUAGUGUCUACUGUGAGAAAUUUAGCUAUUAACUAUACUGAAGAUGGUUUAACUGGUGACGAUUUAUUAGAAUCCUACUUUGAGGAAGCUAAGAGAGAUGAAUAUGUGUACCUUGUUUACUGUAAUUUUCCCGUCGAAUAUUGUUUUUGGCACCAAGUUCAGAAUAUAUUUUCACCUUGUACAUCAGAUGAAUAUGUUACUGUCGCAUUUAUACUUUACAAUAUAGAAGACGUUUUGGUAUUAUACAGACAUAUUUCUUAA